UCGUUCAGAUGAGUUUAUAGUAGCGCUUAAGCUUUUUAUAUUUCGAUUUUUACGUACGAAUAAAAGGCGGUUAUACUUAAUAUACGACAUUUUGUUGUUAUGGAACGAGUUGAGAGCGGCUAAAGGGGAGCGCGAUCACAGCUUCAGUUCAACGGCACUCAACGUUAGAGGAAAGUCGCGAAUCAUAAGCUCUCAACUCCAACAAUAAAUACGAGUAUCUGCAAGAAUUGUUGUUCUUUUGUGCAUAUCUAGUACACAAGUUUAUAUUGUUGACAUUUUUUGCGGAUAUUGUUGUGGCUGCGGUAGUGUUUUCUUUUCCGCUACUGUUUACUAUGCCGAUAGUUCUGUACGCAUGCUGUCCGCGUUAAUCUUCCAUGAGUCUACUAACAAGCUCAGAUGAAAAGAGCGGAGGAGGUUACAUUUGAUAUAUUCGCCAGUCGUGCUACGCUGCGUAUUCCAGUGCUUGUGUUUGUUGUAUUAGCGAUACUUGCUGCAAAUGUUCUCUCCGUCGACAGCGCGCCCUCACCCAGCUCACUGCGUGAUGCUUGCGGUCAUACACUACGCCGACCAACCAGCUUCUUCAAACGCCAUUUUGACUCGACUUUCAUGAAAAACUUUUUUAAGCAUUUGAUACCAUUUACCAGUACAAUGCACGUCAAUAUGCAAUUCUUUCUAUACAAACGGGGUUUUGCGGAGUGCGGACGUGAAAUUAUAACUGAUGACUAUAAUUCCUUAGCGAUGUCCGAUUUCAAACCUGAGCAUCCAACGAGAAUUAUCAUUCAUGGUUGGAUGAGUCAGAGUAAAGGGGCUUUGAAUCGUGCCAUCAAAAAUGCUUACCUCAGUCUAGUCGAGCUCGUGCCACAACCAGCUGCCGUCGAUUCCGGCAGCCGUCUCUCUGCUGCAUCAGAUGUCGAUAUUAUAACCGACAGCGCGCCCCUCAACAACGACUUUGGAAAUAAAAUUGACUUUGAAAUUAACAAUACCACAAGCAACAGCAGCGCCAUCACACCAAGCGACUUCAAUGUCAUCGUCUGCGAUUGGAGUGUCAUUUCGUCGAAUGUUAAUUACUAUAGCGUUGUCGAUAUGGUAGAGGACUUGGGGCACUUGCUCGCCAAUUUCGUCAACUUUCUACACCUCCGUACUGGUCUCAAUUAUCACGAUGUAUAUUUGAUUGGCCAUUCGUUGGGCGCACAAAUUGCCGGUAGUGCUGGCAAGCAGUCUUAUCCGUUCCGCUUCAAUACGAUUUAUGCGCUCGAUCCAGCUGGUCCGAAAUUUCGAGAUCUUAGCGAUGAAUAUCGCAUCGAUCCCAGCGAUGCCGAAUAUGUCGAGUCCAUACAGACAAGCAGCAGUUUGGGUUUUCAGGAACCUGUCGGUCAUGCCACCUUCUAUCCCAACUAUGGUCGUGAUCAGAAAAAGUGUUACAUGUAUGGUUGUUCACACAAGCGUGCCUACCAUUACUUUGCCGAAUCGAUUACCAGCCGUUUGGGUUUUUGGGGUACACUGUGUCGGCGCGAGUCGAAUGAUGUUUGGAUAAUUUCGGAAUCAGGUGCCGAAUUUCGCAUGGGUGGUGAGCCGUCUACGCCGAAGAGGGGCACAUUCUAUGUAAAGACAGCAGAUCGGCCGCCAUAUGCUUUGGGUCGGAAUGUUCAACCACUAAGGCUGGUAACUCCGGCUAUAGAUGAUGUGCACUAGAUAAACAUUUUAUAUUGAAGGCCUCAUUUAAUGCAUCUUAAAGUUCUGGCAAGGCUUUUAAUUAAAAGAGCGAAGCUUCUUGUACAUAGAGCCAAACAAUUUUUAUAAAAAUAUUUAUUAUGGCAUAAUUAAUUUUUUACUAAUUAAAAUGUAUUUGUAAAAUUUAUUUAAUAUAUAAACUAA